GAAAAUGGGGUGGGAUAUGGUGUGCAGGUACAUUUUCAUGAGAUAUUUUGCUGUUGACUAAUAUUAAUUGAACAUCUAUUCUAUAAAGUUCUUCAAGAGAAGUUUACAGAAAAAAAAAAAAUCUUGUACAUGAGCCUAUGGCUGUAUCCGGGUUUGAAACUCCUAGAAUAUUAACAAAGUCUAAUUUAUCCUCACCCAGGCUGAAUGGAGAGAAGAAGUGAAAAAACACUUUGAGAAGAUCAAAAGUGAAGGGACGUGUAUACACCGCCUGGAUGAAGAGCUGAUUAGAAGGCGGCGAGAAGAGCUCAGGCAUGCUUUGGAUAUUCGUGAACACUACGAGAGAAAACUUGAGCGGGCUAAUAAUUUAUACAUGGAGCUGAGUGCCAUCAUGCUGCAGCUGGAAAUGCGGGAGAAGGAGCUCAUUAAGCGUGAGCAAGCCGUGGAAAAGAAGUAUCCCGGGACCUACAAGCGACACCCUGUCCGUCCAAUAAUCCACCCCAAUGCCAUGGAGAAGCUCAUGAAAAGGAAGGGUGUGCCUCACAAACCUGGGGUGCAGACCAAACGGCCAGAUCUGCUGCGGUCAGAAGGCAUCCCCAGUGUGGAGGUGGCUCCCACUGCGUCCCCCUUGUCUGGAAGCCCAAAAAUGUCCACCUCAGGCGGCAAGAGCCGGUACCGGAGCAAACCACGCCACCGCCGGGGGAAUAGCCGAGGCAGCCAUAGUGACUUUGCAGCAAUCUUGAAAAACCAGCCAGUCCCCGAAAACUCACCCCACCCCACGUAUCUACACCAGGCUCAACCCCAGCACCCCUCUCUGCAGCAGCAGUACCAGCAGCCCCCUCCCGCCACGUCUCAGAGUCACCAUCCCAGGCUCAAUGUGCACGGCCAGGACAUUGCCACCUGCGCCAACAACCUGAGGUACUUUGGCCCCGCAGCUGCCCUGCGGAGCCCGCUCAGCAACCACGCUCAGAGACAGAUGCCUGGCUCCAGCCCUGACCUCAUCUCCACAGCCGUGGCAGCAGAUGGCUGGAGAAGUUCUGAGCCUGCCCAGGGCCAGGCCGGCCCCUGGGGCUGCUGCCAGGCUGACCCAUAUGAUCCCUGCGUCCAGUGCAGGCCGGAGCAGUGCGGGCCCCUAGACAGUCCCUUUGCUGAGCCGGUGGGGAGGAGCCCCGACCUUUUCAAGUCACCAGCACACAAUCUCCUCUCAGAAAAUGCCCAAGGUUCUGAGAAAAUGGAAGAAAACGAAGAAUUCAGUGGCUGUAGGUCUGCCUCGUCCCUUGGCGUCCCUCAUCACAUCACCCCACCAGCGCUACCUCGGAAAACAAGGCCCCUUCAAAAGAGUGGAGACGAGUCCUCAGAAGAGGAAGAAGGGGAAGUAGAUAGUGAAGUUGAAUUUCCACGAAGACAGAGGCCCCAUCGCUGCAUCAGAAGCUGCCAGUCGUAUUCAACCUUUAGCUCUGAGAAUUUCUCUGUGUCCGAUGGCGAGGAGGGGAAUACCAGUGACCACUCAAACAGUCCUGAUGAGUUUGCUAAUAAACUUGAAGACCGCCUGGCAGAGAGGCUCGAUGACCUGCUGUCCCAGACGCCGGAGAUUCCCAUCGAGAUCUCCUCGCAUUCAGAUGGGCUCUCUGACAAGGAGUGUGCCGUGCGGCGCGUGAAGACGCAGAUGUCUCUGGGCAAGCUGUGUGUGGAACAGCGUGGCUACGAGAAUCCUAUGCAGUUUGAAGAAUCGGACUGUGACUCUUCAGAUGGGGAGUGUUCUGAUGCCACAGUGAGGACCAAUAAACACUACAGCUCUGCUACUUGGUAAUGAGAGGACACCCAUCCUGAAGAUGACGUGACAAUACUGAUGUUUCAGAUCCGCCCCACCCGAUUCCUCCCGCUCUCCCUUGCCUUUUUGUCUUGGAAGAGAGCUGCCCCAUCUUUCUUACCCCUAGAAAUAAGCUGCAAUAACAGGAACAUGAGACUUUGCAAAUCUCUGGAAAAAAAAUAUCCAAAUGAAACUAAGUCUCACUGAACAUUUCAAUCAAGAAUGGCAGGGAUCUAUUUUAUUGAAUAUUCUAGCUACUGUAACAUUGAUAUUUAUUUUUGUUUGACAUUUUAACACUUUGUACUGUAAAGACUGAAUUAUAUAUGAGAGAGAGAGAGAGAGAGAGACAAUAAUUUCUUG